UAUAAGAUAUGGAAUAUAAUAAAAAUGGUUUCAUAUAAGAGAGGUAUGAUAAUAAAGGUCUAUGAUGAGUAAAGAAUAAAAAUAUUAAUAUCUUAAUAGAAAUUCAAAAUGAACAUAAAGGAGGAAUUUCACUACUGAAUAACCAUGGCAUGUUAUAGGAUAGGAUUUAUCCAACUCACAUUUUUUGAAAUCCAAAACCAAAACUACCUUUCCCCUGGGAAUAUUAAACAAAAACCUUUCCCUUCUUUUUGUUUAAUAAUUCAAGCAGCACUAACGAAAGAAAUGGUGGUUGAACCUGAGAUCUGGUCCACGGUUUCAAAGUCACAAAAACCUUCAAAGUGCUACCUUUUGAGUUUGUAGUCAACGCAAUGUCUCGUUCCGUGAAAGUAGCGGUGAUAGGAGCCGGCGUCUCAGGUCUUGUAGCAGCACGCGAGCUCAAACGAGAAGCCCACAACGUCGUCGUUUUCGAGAAGAGCUCGCGCGUGGGAGGCACGUGGCUAUACAACCCCAAAACAGAAUCCGAUCCGCUAAGCCUCGACCCGACCCGAUAAAUUGUCCACAGCAGCCUCUACCGUUCUCUCCGCACGAAUCUCCCGCGGCCAUUGAUGGGAUUCUUGGAUUACCCCUUUCGUCGCGUGGAAAGGGGCGAUCCAAGAACUUUUCCGUGCCACGAAGAGGUUCUGCGGUUCCUGGAGGAGUUCGCGGACGAGUUCGGGAUUAAUGAGUUGACUCGGUUUGAGACCGAGGUGGUGAAGGUGAAGAAAGUGGAGGAGGGGUGGGUGGUUGAGUCGAGGGCGAGUUACGGUGGUGGUGACUCAGUGAGUCAGGAGGUGUUUGACUCGGUGGCUGUGUGCUCUGGUCAUAACGUGGUGCCGAGGGUGGCGGAGGUAUCGGGAAUUGAGAAUUGGCGUGGGUUUCAGAUGCAUUGCCAUAACUACAGAGUUCCUCAACCUUUCCAAGGACAGGUUGUGAUUUUAAUUGGACUUGGGCCUACUUCCUUUGACAUCUCAAGAGAAAUUGCAUUGGUAGCAAAAGAAGUUCAUGUAUCAGUCAAACUAAAUCCUCUUAUGAAGGGUGUGAAGUUGGAAGAUUUUAGCAAUGUACGAUUUCAUCCUACGAUCAAAUGUAUAAAUGAAGAUGGUUUGGUUGUUUUUGAAGAUGAAGUCACUAUUUAUGCAGAUUCCAUAAUCCACUGCACAGGAUACAAGAACCAGAUAGCAUUCCUUGAAACGAAUGGAGUAGUAACCAUUGACGAUAAUCGUGUUGGGCCACUUUACAAGCAUGUGUUUCCUCCAACAUUGGCGCCAUGGCUCUCUUUCAUUGGUUUAACUUAUCUGGAUCCGGUAUUCCCGAUUGCUGAGUUACAAGCAAAAUGGGUUGCAAGGAUUCUAUCUGGCAAAAUUGUGUUGCCUACAGAAGAGGAGAUGAUGAAAUCCAUUCAACAACACUAUCAAUUCAUGCAAGAAAAUGGGUUACCCAAACGCUUCACUCACUUCCUUGGUUCAUUUCAGCGUGAUUAUAAACAUUGGUUAGCAGAACAAGUUGGGCUACCUCCUUUGGAGGAUUGGAGGGAUGCAAUGUAUUCACAUAACAUUAAGAGUUUCUUCGAAAUGAAUGGAGGGUUUAGAGACGAAUGGAAUGAUCAUUAUUGGGAUGCUAUCAUUAAAACAAAGCAAUUGCAUUCUUAAAGUGAAAGUUAAUUUGGUAUAGUGCUUUUUCGAUCACA